AUGGCGGCGCCAAUGAGGGAGGGCGCGCCGGCCGGCGGAGCUCGCCCCGCGCCCACCACACACACCAACUUCGAGUACGAUGACAACGAGUGGGACAUCGGCAUCGGAGACCUCAUAAUAGACCUCGAUGCCGACAUAGAGAAGACCGACGAGGCGGGCGGCAUGGCGGCGCGCGCCGAACCGGACGCGCAGCGCACCGCGCUCAAGAUGAAGAUCAAGCGCACUAAGCCAGGCACCAAAAGCUCCGAGGCUAAACACGAGAUCGUCAAAUCGAACGAAAUGAACGGCGAACCGAAGACGCCGUCAGCGGCCGCCGCGCCGCCCGCUGUGAAGCGAACGGGCGGACACAGGAGAGACAAGGCGAGGGACAAGCACCACCACCCGCAUCCGCCGCAUGACGUCAACGGCGUGGCGAGGGUGCCACCGCCCCCGAACGCGCCGGGGCCGCCUGCGCAGGCGCAACCGCCGCACGCGACCCCUCAUGCGCCGCCCCAGGCUCCCAAACCGGAGCCGAGGCCGGCAGCCCCGCGAGUAGAGCCCAAGCCGGCAGUGGCGCCCGCGGCACCCGUCCCCGUACCACCCCCGCCACCUGCACCCGCGCCUGCGCCGGUCGCGUCCCCUGCCAAGCCAGAGUCAGACGACUCGAGGCAGGAGCCGCCGAGUUCGCAGCCGCCUGCGAAAAAACAGAAAACUGAUAAUAAGAUGGUAACCACGAUGUUUUAUGAGUACAGAAAAUUGGAUCGCUUUGGAUACGAGGGCGAAGUGUAUGUGUAUGUGAAUAUUUCGAGUGUAAAGAUGGAGGGGUCGCGACGCCCUUUGCUUUUCUUGCGAGAGGGGAGAACGUCUCCGAAAUUCCUCUCAUUAAUCAAUGUCGGGAGCCCUAAAAAUUUCUAA